AUGGCUAUGUGCUUGGAGCGUUUGAAUGAGCACCACGCGCAAUUGCUGAGGAAGCAAGGUUGGUUCGUGCUGGAUGACUUUUUGUCAGAAGUUGCUGCUGAGUCCUUGCACAGUGAGAUUUUGGAAGCAGCAAAGGCAGGCAAGCUGCAGCAGCACCGCUUUCAGUUUGGUUCCAGUACCUUCGAGAAGCCGCAUAUUUUUGAGGCUGACCUCCACGAUGCUGCAAUGCAAUCGGCACUUCCGUCAUUUGCAGACCUCUUCUUUGACGACGCUUUGUCAAAACGCCUGGACGCGAUACUUCCAGAGCUGGCCCUGGAGCAGGGCCUAAAGAAAUGUUGGCGGGACACCGCGGGCAUGUGGCCCAGCAAGCUCGCCAUCCCUUGCUCGGACCGUUUGUCACUUAUCUACGAGAUCUAA